UUGUUAUUAGACUAUUUCUCAACAUCCCACGAGCCUCAAACCACUUUGCUUUUAUCUUCUUCUCUGCAACCUUCAUUCUCCAAUUAUUUUUCCUUCUUCUAAUCCUCUCUGUUCUUUUUCUCCCAACUCUUUCUCAUUAAACCCAUCAAUUUCUUUACUACUCUUUACUCAAAACCCAGAACCCAAUCUACAUUAUUCAUUCAUUCUCCAAUUCUAAAGAACACAGUCAUGGCGCUGGAAACAUGGUUGAUUAAGGUGAAAAAGACAAUAGCCCACAGCUUCGUUACAGUAAGAUCAACCGGUGCACCACGUGCAAAGACGGCGUCGAUCAAGAAAUCCAGCGUUGGGGUUUUGGCGUUUGAGAUCUCUGGCCUUAUGUCAAAACUCCUCCAUUUAUGGCAAUUUUUGUCUGACAAAAAUAUGAUAAGAAUUCGCAAUGAGUCAAUUUGCCUAGAAGGUGUUCGUAAAAUUAUCUCAAACGAUGAUGCCUUUCUUUUAGGCCUUGCUUGUGCAGAAAUUGUAGAGAAUCUAAGGCUGGUUGCGAAAUCUUUAUCAAGAAUCAGCAAGAAAUGUGAAGAUGCACAUCUUAGAAGCUUUGAUCGAUUCUUCACUGAAUUCGCAAACACGGGUCGUGAUCCUUACAAUUGGGUUCUCAGUUUGAAGGAUAUGGAGUUAAAAAUCAAGAAAAUGGAUCAGUAUGUCACCACAACUGCACUGCUUCAUCGACAAAUCGAUGAGCUUUCAGUACUUGAGAAUAGUUUAAAGAAAGUUUCGAAUUCGAAUUUCAAAGAUUCUGAAAUUUCAAUCAAAGAACAGAAGAUACUUGAGCUGCGACAGAAGUAUCUGUGGCAGAAACAAGAAGUUAAGUAUCUAAAAGACAGAUCUUUAUGGUGUCGUAGCUUUGAUACAGUUACAUCAUUGUUGGCUCGAUCUAUUUUCACUACACUAGCAAGGAUAAAGCUUGUUUUUGGUAUCAAUCAUGGAUAUCCAAAUUCACUCCCACGUAGUCUCUCUGCUUCUGCUACUGUUUAUCCUUCAGAAAACCAUAACACAUUCAAUUUCGUCUCUGGUCCAUUGGUGAAUAAUCCCCCUAUACUGAAAGUCUCAGAUCACGAAUUUUUCGAGUCAAAUACUAAGGUACUUAAACCACCUUCGAGUACUUUAGGUGCAGCUGCACUUGCACUACAUUAUGCUAAUUUGAUCAUUGUUAUGGAAAAAAUGAUAAGAUCACCACAACUAGUCGGGGUUGAAGCUAGAGAUGAUUUAUACUCCAUGUUACCAAAUAGCGUUAGAUCAUCAUUAAGAUCAAGACUAAAAGGAGUUGGAUUUUCGGCUAGUGAUCCAGUUCUUGCUGGUGAAUGGAAAGAUGCCCUGCAGAAGAUUUUAGGAUGGUUGUCUCCUUUGGCACACAAUAUGAUCAAAUGGCAAAGUGAAAGGAGUUUUGAACAACAAAACUUAAUUCCAAAAACUAAUGUCCUCUUGCUGCAGACUUUGUAUUUUGCAAAUCAAGAAAAGACUGAAGCUGCCAUAACUGAGCUGUUAGUUGGUUUAAACUAUAUUUGGAGGUUUGAAAGGGAAAUGAAUGCUAAGGCCUUGUUUGAGUGUACCAACUUCAACAACUUCUUGAAUCUGAAGCAUUCAAGUAAUUAGUCUUUUCUUGUUUGUUCCUAAGUUUUUUCUUCUUCUUUGUUUUAAUUAAUAGAUAUAUAAUUUGAAGGAUUGUUAGAUGUAAACUCCUUUAAAGAUCUGUGAAGGGGGUCUGUUUUGUUUUAACCAAAAUCUGUAUAUUGUAUCAUAUUACUAUAAGAUUGAGUCAAAAUUUCCUAGCC